GACCUCUGCUGGCUAACAGCAGAACUGCAACUAUUCCACUGAGCAGAACUGGUCAAAAGCAGCUGCUCCUGUCAACGAAGGUAAGCAAAGUGGUCCUAAAUGAAUCAAAUCCCAGGAUGGAGUCGAGUGGAAAACCUUCAGUGGUGGAGAUGGUGGUUUUAGCCACCAGCUCCGCGCUGACCGCCGUAUUUUAUUCCAUUUACAGAAGCAGAGUUAAAACUGCUACCCAUUUAAAGGAAGCUAAAAAAAUCUCCAUUGAUCAGGAUUUAAAAGCCAUCCUGUCUGAAACCUCUGGGAGAUGCAUCCCAUAUGCCGUCAUAGAAGGUUUGGUGAGAUCAGUGAAGGACACUCUGAACAGCCAGUUUGUUGAUGACUGCAAAGGAGUCAUCGAGAGGCUGACUCUGAAAGAGGAGAAGAUGGUGUGGAAUCGCACCACUCACUUAUGGAAUUGCACAGAGAAAAUCAUCCACCAGCGCACCAACACCGUCCCGUUCGCGCUCGGGUCUUACGACGAAAACAUCUCCACCACGGUGCGGGUUGUGCGCCCCUUGGACGCGGUAGAGCUGGACCUGGAGACCACCUACGAGAACUUCCACCCCACGGUCCAGUCCAUGUUCAACCUCAUCAGCCACUUCAUCAGCGGAGAGCGGUCCAAAGGGAUCCACGAAAUGGAAGAGAUGCUGCGCGUGGGCGACAGCGUGACGGGCGUGGGCGAGCUGGUCCUGGACAACGACCUGAUCAAGCUGCAGCCGCCGAAGCAGGACUUCUGUUACUUCCUCACCCGGCAGAACUACGAGUCCCUGUUGAGGAAACAGAUGAGCGGCGUGAGGGUGUGGAGGAUCCUGUCCUACGUGUUCGGGCUCGCCGCCUGUUCCACACUCCUCUACGUGCUGUGGAAGUGGUACGUUCACUGCCGGGAGAGCAGGAAGCGGCGGAGUGUCGAGGAGGAGUUCAAGGAGCAGCAGAGGAGGCUCAUGCGUGAGCUCCAGAUAGAGGAGGGCAGCUUCUCCGCCACCAGCUGCGUCGUGUGUCUGAGCCGGGAACGUUCUCUCGUGUUUUUGGAGUGCGGUCACGUGUGUGCCUGCGGCCCCUGCUUCGAGGCCCUGCAGGAGCCAAAGAAAUGCCCCAUCUGCAGGGCGACUAUCGACAGAGUGGUGCCUCUUUAUAACAGCUAAAGUUGCAGUUAGUCGGAAUUUCUCAGGCUUGAAAAGGGCGCUUUACACGAGCAACGAUGGCAACAAGUCACCUACGCUGAACUGGAGUCGAAUGUUGAAAUCAAAUUUGUAAGCUAAUUCAUAUUGAUUAAGAAAUGGUGUCAUCUGGAGAGAGAAAAUUGAAUCUCUUUGUGCUCAGGCUUACAAAUAUUGAUCCAAUUAUUGGCCCCACUCCCACAGAGGACUUUACGCUUAAGGGACUUUACUCUUGUAGUCAUUAAAGCCUUACAUUUGGUCAGCACCUCUCACUCUUUUACUCGUUAAAAUUACUCUGACACUGACUGGCUGUCACCUUCAUACGUACAGGGGAUCUAAAAUGUGCAUUUGCGGGAAACGCAAAAAUUAAAGUCAUAGUGACAUGGUUCCUUCAACUGGUACUGGUUGAAGUGCUUUAGUCUUUACUGGCAGGGGCCACCUAUUAUUGGCAAAUUUAAUUACUCAAAUGUUCAAAUAUGUAUCUAUGUGUAACUAGUUACACAUUCAAAUUGGCACAAUGACAUUAAAAGAAAUUCUGAUUCUGAUAAAGCUGCAGAUUUCCUAUCAAGUUCUGGGAUCAGUCUACCGUAAUUCCAAAACUUGAAUUUGUUUUCCAGUGACUGAUGAUUUUGAUAUCUGCUUGAACUCCAAUCCUGGAGCUGUUUCUAAUUCCAACCACUUGGAUUUAAAAUCUACAGUUUUAUCUGAAGAAAAAUCACUCCCCAGCAUGAGGCUGCCACCUCCAUGUUUCACAGUGGGCAUAGUGUAAUGGUUAGCUUAAUUAGACCGUAGCACAUUCAUGUUACUUUGGAAGAAAACGCUUCUGUUUUCCUGACCUACUCCUUUAUCAGGACAGAGAGAAAACAUGGACAUUUCAUGUGACAUGUUGAACAAAACUCUUCUUGACCAGUUUCACUUUUCCGAUUUUAAUAAAAACAAAAUUCUCGCUUUCAAUCAGAAUUAUUGUAGUCGUCCCUUAUGAGAGCUCUGCGAUGGAGUAUUGGGGUCGGAAUACAAGAAUUUUUGUUUAAUCAUGAAAAUAUGGUCAUAUCUGCAGAAUAAAGGCACAAGGAUGUUUUAAUGAGGAAAAAAAAGUGUGGAAAAUUUAUUUUUUGUUAUUUUUUGUGUUUGAGGUCUCAAAAAUGACUACCUCAUUUCCUAAUAUUCCAAAUUUAGUUUGGUAAUAUCAAGACAUUAUUAAACAACAUAAAAUUAGAGUACAGUAGAGUUGACCUGAAUUCAAAAUCCAAAUAUAUAAAAGCUGUAGAUAAAAAACAAACAAACUAUGAACUAUGGAAACCCAAGGAGAAAACUUAAGAUUUUCCAUAAACCAAAAAUUUGUUUAAUCGAUAAGAUCGAUUUAUUACUCAUCCCUAGUCACAGCUGUCUCAUAUUUUCUCCAAAUACUAUACCAUACCACCUUUAUUUACAAAACAUUUAAAUGUCCAUAAGACCAAAGUGUCUAAACAAAAGGCUCUACAAAAUCAAAUAAGUCUUUUAAAAAAAAUUUUUUUAUAAAUACAGCAGUUAUACUAUCAGUCAAGAUAAAAACUAAAUUAAAUAAAAAAAUAAAAUAAAAGUAAAAGUCAACAUCUCAGACGGUCUCAAAGGCCAGGGAGAAGAGAUUGGUUUUAAGGAUUUAAAAACAGACGUCCAGUCCAAAGAAAGGUCAUUCCUUUAUUUAGGAGGUGCUGCAGCAAAACCACGGCCGUCUCUAAGUUUACACUUCAUCUUCAGACAGAACAGGAGGGUGUGUGUUGAUGUAGCAGCUCUUGAUUAGGUCAAGGUCAUAGACAGUUUUAAAAACAACAAUUUUUUUUUUUUUAAUGAAUUAAAGAGGGCUUCAACAAGCCAAUAGAUGAACAGUUUGCCUUUCUUGGCCAACCAGGUUGUUGCAGCUUUUUUAUUGCCCCUGCCAAUGCAUUUGGAGGUUGGAUUUCUAA